CUCGUAUACUCUGCUGCUGCUGGCCCAUGUAUAGGUUUGCUGCUUCUGGCAAUAGGACUCCCAUUUGUACAUUCCAAGGGUGCCGGAAUUUCAACUCUCGUCUUCUUCGCCAUUCAGCUGUACCUCCUGUGGCAAAGAAUAGAGAAGAAAAUAUUGCCGCAACGUAUGCCAGUAACGCUUCAGUACUGUCCACGGAACACCACCUACGUACAAAAGAGGUUAAAUGAAACGUACACUUGGAGUCCACAUAGAUCAGUUAAUCAUGAUGCGCCAUAUCUCAUUUCACCCUUUUGGAGCUCUUUAUUUUCCACUGCAGGGACGUUCCUCUUGGGAAUAAUGAUUAGUAUUGCCACUGGCGAGCACAAGCGACUUCCGGCCGACUUCAGGUAUCUGAACCCUUCGCUGGCCAAGAUGUGGGUGAAGCUUCACGUUAUACGGGACAGUGACGCAGAAGAGGCACAGCCGGAGAAUGAGCAAGAAACAACGAAUGCCGCCCUUGUUUCUAAUGGAGAGGAAAUGAGGCGUGCUUCCACGAAUGUAUAAUUAAAGUACUGGAAAA